CUUCAGUCUUCUCCCUUUGCAUCUCCUUUGUUUCUUUCUUCUCCUUAUCUUUCUUUCGCUCCCUUUUCUUUCACCAUUUAUAUUCUCUUCCUUUUCCCAGAAUUUGAUUGAACAACCCGUGGAUUUUUCUUUCAUCCACUUUCCUAUCUCCAACCUUGCGUGGUUGGAAUUGUGCCUGCGUGACGCAUCUGGACGGUUGCCCGCAUUGGGCCUACGACUCUUGCCUGCCUGAGUGCCUGAAUGCCUUAUCACUCCGUUGCCAACACAUCAUAGUGAUCGAAUAGAUCCGACAUCUUCCUGCAACAUCGCCCAUUAUCUUCUUUAUCUCCCUCUCUCUCUCCCCCCCUCUUAUUAUUCCCUCUCUUCUGGCUUCCUCCUGUCUUCCCCUCCAUCCAUGUAUCUCAGUCAAUCACUCGAUCAGAGUGCCUCCGCGGGCGUGGGACGUUUUACCACCAUCCACUACACAGUACGAUCGUGAACACACCCUAGAUCAAAAUGAUGGUCCCUCGAGCUUUUCUUUUCACUUCCGUGCCUUCUCCGAAAUCCCAUAGUCAACAUGGGAGAUCUAAACCGACGAUGAAUCCAGAAUCCGCCAGACUCACCGCCGAUGUCGAUCGAUCCGAUCAGGAAACCCUGCAACCACCGCACGCGGACCCCGUGGUCAUCCCCCCUAAACGCUCGUUGCGACUGACCCCAUCGGUGCAACGCGACGCCGACAGACACCCCAAACCACCGAGACGCUCUUUUACAACCCGCGGGGAUCGUCCCGUCCCGCCGUCAGUUGCGUCCAUCUUAGAAGCCACUGCCAUCCCUGUCCCUCGCCGAAGUUGGACUGCGCGGGAAUCCCGCAAGCUACCGCGGGAUCAUGUGCAGGAUUUCAGCAGAUUCCUCAUGGAUGGCGUCGGCGCGAGGGACGAUCACUUGUUGGAGGGGACGGGGAACAGUACCCUCGAUCUGCUUCUGAGUCCCCCCGAAGAUAACGAUAAGGGACCGGCCGGAAAUGAGGACGACAGUGAAGCAUUGUCUUUCUCGGGCCGCUCCACCUCGAGCGAGUCGAUGCCAUCGUUAGACCAUGACGUCGAUACUCCCUCCAGCUUCUCUACGCUUCUCACCCCCCACAGCCAACGAAGCCAUUCGGAGAGACGAUAUCGCCGCACAUCUCGAGGUGAAAGUUGUGCCUUUGAUCACCCUCUACUGGAGACGGAAAUACAAGACUCGGGGGCGGGGGAUGAGGUUUACGAUACGACUCUUUCAGAGCCCGCCGUUGCGAAAUCCCCCACCUCGUUGCGGCCACCUCGUUCGUUUCCGGGUCUCGGAUCGUUCCGAUCCAACUUGACCGCAUCAUUACGAGCUAUCAAAUCGGCGGCGCAAACAAUGUCCCGGUUCACAACGCCUGCGUCCCCGCCCGACGACUUCCUCCCGCAGUCAUUAUUCACCAUCAACCCCGAGAUGACAGACGACCGUCGGCCCCCGCCCAUGAACGAACCACCAUCGCCUGCGCUGCGGCGGUAUCUGAAUCCGGUGACCAUCUCACCGGCGGAGAUGUAUGCGUACCAGGACUAUCCGCACGAAACCCUCGAUUCGCGCAAUUGCCCCGUCUCUGUCCAGAUGCAGACCUAUCACCGCACUCGCAAGCGCGGAUCGCGAAAGAGCGGUUUCCACCUACCAGGCGACGGGCGAGAUCAACGCUAUCUGCCGUUCAACCCGGAAAGUCUCCCAGUCUGUCGGCAGCGGGAACCCCGAGAAAACAGCAAUUUCCUGCGCGUUAUCGUUCUAGAAAUGAACAUGCGCCGGUGUGGAAAGUUACGGGACGACAUUCCUACACGGGCGCGCGUCUGGCUCCCACCUCGACAACAACAUCGCACCGCAUAUUCUGACUAUGAGUAUGAAGAAGAGAGUGCCAUUCCAUCUCGAUGGGUAGGAAUUACAGUGAAUAGCGUCUAAAUGGGUUCCGUAUUUACCGUUUUACGCAUUUGGGAUUUGGCGAGAUUUUCCUUCCUUCCUUUCUUUCCUUUUCUUUCCCCUUCCCCCCCCUCUCCUUCAUACAUUGAUAUUUAUUGGAUACCCCAACUUUCGUUACCACGGUGCUUAGCGUGGGUUUCCGAUACUACUUACUUCGCUUUAUUGUUACCCCCCUUCUUACCCCCCUCCAAUGUACAUAUGGGGCCCUUUCUUUCUUUUUCUUUCCUUUUUUUUUUUUCUUACUUUCGGGUACGCAUACAUUAGGUGCAUAGAACGAUAACUAACUAGCGAGGCGUUCACGGGUUGUCUAGACUGGGACUAGGGACUAGGGACGGAACGGGAAACCUGGGGAAUAUCCACCUUUUUUCCAACUAUUUUGAUUAUUCCUUUUCAACUCCUCAUGUAACCCCAACAAUGGGUCCAGUAACCGCUUACCUACCUACCUACUAAC